AUGGGACACGCUUGGGCCGUGGGCGCCAUCGAUAUCUAUCUCCACCUACUCCAGGACGAAGGCCUAGACACCAUCGAAGGAUAUACAUCUAGUGAUUACUUAUUGAUGGCGCGUCAGUUGAUGGCGAGUGGGAGUGCCUCUCACUACCACUCUGCGCUCGAACAGUGUGGUCGAUACCCCAGCCUGGUCAAGGGCGUGCAGGAGGCGGCACUGGAACAUCAUCAACUCAUCCUAUCCAUGGGCGAUACCAAACUGAUUGAUCAAACUGUACAAAUCAACAAACCGAUGGUGAUACAUGAAGCGGCCACCAUGCGAUUCCUCAUGAACAUGGACCUAGACCGCCAACUCAGCACACUCAUACAUCUCGCUCGAACUUGCUAUGGUCUGGACAUCAACUACAGCGACUUCCCAGUGAUCAUCAAUGAUCUGAUCGAUACACUCUUGGUACAAUGCCGUGCGUGUGGAUAUACAUUGGACAGGACAAGGAUCAUUGAUAGCAAGCUGUUGGAGAAGAGGCUGAUGCUAGUGGAGAUUGUGAAGUUGUUGCACAGCCAGUUCAAGAGUCGCGCUGCACAGAUUGAUCCCUUGCUGGAACAGUACCAACAGAUUAUCAAUUGUCUGUUGGAGACUGGAGAGUUGUUGGUCGUGCCCUACAUUAUGGAUUUGAGCCAAUCGGGCCGAGCCCUGGACGCCAUUUGCAUGAAUGGCACAUGUGAUCAAGUUAGACUGGCGCAUUUGUAUCUCGAGCAAAAGGGCGAGCAUACGUACACCUUGCAAGAGCAUGUCUUGAGCAAGGUCUGUGCACGGGGUGACAUGGACGCCCUGCUCUUCCUGGUCACAUGGCACUCGACCAAAGGACAUGAGGAGAGCGCGCGAGGACAGAUCAGGCCAUGGAGAUAUAUCAAGAAGCCAAUGAAAUAUGAUCAAUUCAAACGUUUAUACAAACUAUGUCCAACAUUGGAGAAGAUGUUCAUGGAUGAUAUGUGCUGCAUGGUUGACCUCGACCUCGUGCUCUUCUGUCUGGACACACCCGAGCUGACCGAUCAAUUUGACUGGAAGGUCACAUGUCUACACGCUGCACGCAAUGGACACCAGGAAAUUGUAAAGGUACUAUGGGAGCGUAAGGGAGUCCUGUGCAAAGAUUGUCUGAUCAAUGCCCUGUAUGGACGACACCUUCAGAUAAUCAACUACUUGUUGUCCAAUGACUACGAGCUCACAUUCCAAGACUGGCUCAACCUUGGCGAGCUGGGCAACAUUGAUGACUACGAGUUGAUAAGACCAUACAUCAAAGCUGACGUGUUGCUAUGCUUUGACAUGGUGAUUGUACAGGUGGCGACGACAGGUGGCCACACGUCACUAGUUCGCCACAUAGUUGAGCGACAUGGACGCAAACUGGAACUAUCCCCACAACUUGGCUCCAACGCAUUCCCUGACAUAAUAAGAUAUUAUCAACCUUGGAAGGUCCUACCCGAUGCCAAACUUUACCAAAUGAUUGAACAUACCGUCAACUGUUCAAACAUGGAUGUGUUGGACUUGGUGUUCAACAAUCUAACCAAUAUACAACAGCGCCAUGUAUUGGAAAAGGUAGCGCCAUCACUCACCGCCUCAAUGAUCCGGUCGAACAAUAUGCAAAUGAUAUAUCAACUGCUACACUAUGGUGCCAAGUUAACGAUUGAUGAGAAGACCUUUGGAAUGAAAGCAUUCAUGGAGAAUCCUACUCUACAGACAUUACUAUAUCUCAAUCAAAUCGGUCGUUCAUCAUCAUCAUCAUCGUCAUCGUCAUCAUCAACAAGUGUCAAUGCCAGUAUCGCAGUCACUAUUGACAAUGAACAUGGCAAUACCAGUGACAAUACAGGUUCCAGCAGUCGUAGUAACAGUAUCAUCUCAAGUGUUCGUACACUAAAGAGAGGAAGUAUAAGCAGUUCCUUCAAAUCACUAUUCAACCGAGUCAGCUUCAGCAACAACAACAACAACAACAAUCAAUAA